CUGGGUGCGACCAGCUUGGAAAUAAGAUUCCAGAGCACAGAUUUUCCUGCUCUGAAACCUGGGAAUGACAGUUCAUGCAGUUCUCUCACACACUUCUUCUCCUGCCCAUCAGAAAAACCAACUUCAUACAGACCAGAUCAGCACAAGGAAAAUUUGUUUGUGACACAAUCUUCUGAACUACUGAAAGAGCCAAAUAAGGUUGUUUAGUGUUUUACCAUGUUGGUGACAACCAUUGUGGUAUUGGUCCUUCUGGCCACUUCUGUCUCUGCUGCCACCUCCGCCUCAAUGGACAAGGUCUUGAGUAACCACGCCACCAUCCUGGCAGACAACAGUGCCAACAUAGCUAUCAGUCUUUACCAAACCAUUGCCAAAGAAAAAAACAUGGAGAACAUUCUGAUUUCUCCUGUAGUAGUAGCAUCCUCUCUGGGGCUGGUAGCUUUAGGAGGCAAGGCUUCCACUGCAUCUCAGGUAAAAACCAUCCUGAACGCAGCCAAAGUCAAAGACGAGCAGCUGCAUUCCGGUCUGGCUGAGCUUCUGAGUGAGGUGAGUGACCCCAAGAGCCGCAACGUCACCUGGAAGAUUAGCAACCGUCUCUACGGACCAAGUACUGUCAACUUCGUCGACGAUUUUGUCAAAGGCAGCAAGAAGCACUACAACUGUGACCACUUUAAGAUCAACUUCCGAGACAAGAAGAGUGCUGUGAACUCCAUCAAUGAAUGGGCAGCCAAGUCCACUGACGGCAAGCUGCCGGAGGUCACCAAGGACUUGGAGAAGACUGAUGGAGCAAUGAUAAUCAACGCUAUGUUUUUCAAACCUCACUGGGAUGAACAGUUCCAUCACCAGAUGGUUGAUAACCGAGGAUUCAUGGUUUCCCGUACUUACACUGUUUCAGUGCAGAUGAUGCACCGCACAGGUCUCUUUGGCUACUAUGACGAUGCAACCAAUAAGCUGUCAAUCCUGAGCAUGCCUCUGGCUCAUAAGAAGUCCAGUGUAGUAUUCAUCAUGCCAUAUCAUGUGGAACCUCUGGAGAGACUGGAGAAGAUGCUGACCAAGAAGCAGCUGGACAUAUGGAAGAGCAAACUGAAGGAAACUGCAGUUGCCGUGUCUCUGCCCAAAGUCAGCAUGGAAGUCAGCCACAACUUGCAGAAACACCUGACAGAACUGGGCCUGACGGAGGCUGUGGACAAAUCCAAAGCUGACCUGUCCAACAUCUCUGGGAAGAAGGACCUGUACCUGUCCAGUGUGUUCCAUGCCUCAGCCAUAGAAUGGGAUACUGACGGAAAUGCGAUUAACACGACUAUCUUCAGCUCAGACAAGAUGAAAACCCCAAAGCUGUUCUAUGCUGAUCACCCCUUCAUCUUCAUGGUGAAGGACCAAAAGACAAAUGCUGUUCUUUUCAUUGGCAGGAUGGUGAGACCAAAGGGUGAAAAGAUGAGAGAUGAAUUAUGAGCAUAUGUUGACUUCUUCUAAUUUAAAUCUAUGACCGUGUCCAUGUCCGCAUGGUAUCUAGUGUCUAGACCAGGGGUAUUCAACUCCAGUCCUCGAGGGGCCCGUGUCCUGCAACGUUUAGAUGUGUACCAGGUCCAACACACCUAAAUCAAAUGGCUGAAUUACCUCCUCAGUAUGCAGUCAAGUUUCCAGAGUGCUGCUAAUGACCUCAUUAAUUAACUCAGGUGUAUGGAAGCAGAGACACAUCUAUAAGUUGCAGGACACUGGCCCUCGAGGACUGGAGGUGAAUACCCCCUGAACUAGACCAUGGUAUGGCAACUAUGUGUUAUGACAGUCUGAGAAGGUUCAGGUCUUUGUUCCAACCAGUCACUUUAACAGGUGAUUUCACUAAAUAGCACCACUUUUACUUGAAGGGAGGAACUCCUCAGUGAAAUUAUGUACUGAAGAAAUCUGUCUCCACACUGGGAGCUGUUCAUGGCACCCGUUGUCUGUCCCUGGUCUCGUCAAAAAUGAGAUGCACAUUUGAUAAGGCAUAAAUGCAUUUCUUUACAUAACGUGGCAACAACAUUCCACAGUUCAUGACUGAAGAUAUGAAUCAUUGAAUUUUCCUUGUGUUAGUGAUGGAUAAUUUGCAUAAAUAAUAAAAUAUUUUCAGCGGAUCUUCUCUAAACCUGAACAAAUUGUCAGUCUUAUCAAGAAGAAGUAUCCAUUACCUUUUGCUAUUGGUGAGGUAGGGAUAUGGACUCUUAAACAUUACUCUACUUUCUUUUGCAGAGUGAAAUUAGGCUUUUCUAAACUUGACAUUGUGAUUCAUUUUUUAAAGAAUUUAAAAUGAUCUCUGUGAAAACUGAUGUAAUGAUCAAUCAACACAAAGACAAAACUAUUAAAUUUUGGUGCUCUGGA